CUCUCUCUCUCUCUCUCUCUCUCUCUCUCUCUCUCCUUUAUAUCAGUGCACCAUAAGAGAUCCCUCAGCAGUAAAGGGCAUCCAAGACUCAACACAAUACCAAGCAAGGAAGUCAGAAAGAUUUUGAGUUUAAACUGAACAAAAAGACGAACUUCAGAUCAGCUGAACUCACACAGGCCACGGCAUGGAUUUACGCCUGCUGAAGGAGAUGCUGGAGUGUGUGGGCAGUCUGAACGGCUCGGCUGUGAACGGGACGGACAUCACUAACUCCACCUGUGGCCGCGAUGUGCUGCUGCCCAAAGCGCCAAACUCCAAACCCAAAGAAAUGGAUUCGGUGAGGAUACUGCUGUACUCUCUCAUCUUCCUGCUCAGUGUCUUCGGCAACCUGCUGAUCAUCGUGGUUUUGGUUGUGAAUAAGCGCAUGCGGACGGUCACAAACUCCUUUCUUCUCUCACUGGCUGUGAGUGAUCUGAUGAUGGCUGUGUUCUGCAUGCCCUUCACAUUCAUCCCCAACCUCCUGGAGGACUUCAUCUUUGGAGCAGCAAUGUGCAAGAUUGUGGCCUAUCUCAUGGGGAUCUCUGUCAGCAUAUCCACCUUCAGCCUAAUGGCCAUAGCCAUUGAGAGAUACAGUGCAAUCUGUAACCCUCUGAAGUCCCGAGCCUGGCAGACCCGCUCCCAUGCGUACAAGGUUAUUGCUGUGACCUGGGUCCUGUCCUUCCUCAUCAUGACUCCAUACCCAAUCGUCUCCACGCUGGUUAACUACACCAAACCCAACAACACCAUCACAAGACACAUGUGCCGUCACGACUGGCCCAAGGACCAGGUGCAGCAGGCUUGGUGCAUCCUGUUGCUUUUAAUUCUUUUCUUCAUACCUGGAGUGGUGAUGAUCACAGCGUAUGGGCUUAUUUCUCGAGAGCUCUAUCGUGGAAUACAGUUUGAGCUGGAGCAGAAGAAGGGCCAGUGUGGAUUGAAGAAUGGUGCCAGUGCUGCUGUCUCAGCUGGCAGUGAUGACGGAGAUGGUUGCUAUAUUCAGGUAUCAAAGCGACCCAACUCCAUGGAGAUGUCCACCCUCACCCUAGCCAGCUCUACCAAGGUGGACCGCCCUCGGAGCAACACCUCAGAGACCAAACUGAUGGCCAAGAAACGUGUGAUCCGCAUGCUGAUUGUCAUCGUGACCAUGUUCUUCAUCUGCUGGAUGCCCAUAUAUUCUGCUAAUACAUGGAGAGCCUUCCAUCCAGCCUCAGCCCACAGAGUUCUCUCCGGAGCCCCCAUCUCCUUCAUCCACCUGCUGUCUUACACGUCCGCCUGCGUCAAUCCCAUCAUCUACUGCUUCAUGAACAAGCGCUUUCGCAAGGCGCUGCUGACCACCUUCUCUUGCUGCUGCAGGCCACGCCGCCCACGAGGCUUCAGGGAGGGAGAUGAUGAUGUCACUGCUACCGGGGCAUCAGUAUCCAAAUUCACCUACACCACGAUCAGCACCAUGGGGCCAUGCUGAGUCCUAGGAUAUAGCCUGAGGUAGCUGGGUCAUGCAUGACCAUCUAACCUCUAUGGAGACAGUGGGAAGGUUCAGUUGAUGGAUGUGAAUAAAUGGCCUGGCUUCAUGCAGAACUCUGAGGACAGGUCAGCUUCUCACGUCAAGAAGAAUAGGCUAUGGGCCAAGGUUUGAUUUUGCAGUGAGUGAGAUGUUGCUGCCUGAGGUUAACUGUAUAGCAGCAACAGAAGCAUCAGCAUGCUAUUUCAUCAUUCAGUAUUUGGUCAUCUGUGAUUGCCCAUAUGUGCAGUAUAUUCCUGUACGUAUUUUGAUGUGUACAGUAACUUUCUGUUGUGCAUUUUAAGUGCCUGCUUAGUAUUGUGUUGCUGAUGUUUUCAGUAUUUCUUAUGUGCUCAGUGGGCUAAAUAGCUAUUAGUAUUUGGCAGGGAAGUAUGAUUUAUAGGUAAUGGGUUAAGACAAAUAACUCAUGAAUAGGGACCCAAGCACAACAUCACAGAUGUACGUUGGGAAAAGAAAUCAGCUCUUGCUGUGAUUUUGAAGUUCUUGUGAAAAAAAGGAAAAAAAUGAAAACAUCACAGGGCUAACUUGGGCAUUUUCAGAAGCUGAUAUUUGUUGACUUGUUAUUU